UGGAGGGAGAUUCUGUGUGUGGGAAUCGAGCUGUAUUUGAGAGGCCCAUUCUUCGCACUCUCCACCCCCACCCGCGACCUAUAUAUACAUCUUUGAUUCACUCCCAUUUUCUUCAUCAAUAACCAAAAAGCUACUCAUUGUGACUACUGACAGUACUCUCUCUGUAGUGUCCAUUAUUACACAAUCAUGGAAUUCAUCUGCUUAUGUUUUUUCUUAACUGCAGCUUUAAUUUUGUCCCUCAAUGCCAUACUUAAAUUCUUCUCCUUUGGCCAAGUGAAAUUGCCACUUCCACCAGGCACCAUGGGAUGGCCUUACAUAGGAGAAACCUUUCAACUUUAUUCACAAAACCCAAAUGUUUUCUUUGCUUCCAAAGUCAAAAAGUAUGGUUCCAUAUUCAAGACUCACAUAUUGGGAUGUCCUUGUGUGAUGAUUUCAAGCCCAGAAGCAGCAAAACUUGUGCUUGUCACAAAGUCAAAUCUCUUCAAGCCCACAUUCCCUGCAAGCAAAGAGAGAAUGUUAGGCAAACAGGCUAUUUUCUUUCAUCAGGGCGAGUAUCACGCCAAACUUCGCAAGCUAGUCCUUCGCUCAUUCAUGCCUGAAUCGAUCAAGAACAUCGUACCAGACAUCGAGUCAGUCGCAAUUAGCUCCCUCAAGUCAUGGGAAGGAAAAUUGAUCACUACUUUCCAAGAAAUGAAAACAUACACUUUCAAUGUGGCUUUACUGUCUAUAUUUGGAAAGGAUGAAGUUUUGUACAGAGAAGACCUCAAGAGAUGUUAUUACAAUCUUGAAAAAGGGUACAAUUCAAUGCCUAUUAACAUCCCUGGAACUCUGUUUUACAAAGCCAUGAAAGCAAGGAAGGAAUUGGCACAAAUCUUGGCCAAAAUCCUGUCCCUUCGCAGGCAAACGAAACAAGAUUACAACGAUUUGCUUGGAUCGUUUAUGUGCGAUCUCGAAGGACUAACGGAUGAACAAAUUGCUGACAACAUCAUCGGUGUCAUUUUUGCUGCAAGAGAUACCACUGCUAGUGUACUGACAUGGAUUAUCAAGUACCUAGCAGAAAAUCCAAGUGUCCUACAAUCUGUCACUGAAGAACAAGAAGCAAUAAUUAAGUCUAAAGAGGAAUCUGGUGAAGAGAAGGUACUGAGUUGGGCAGAUACCAAGAGAAUGCCAAUUACUACAAGGGUAAUUCAAGAAACACUCAGAGUUGCCUCUAUCUUAUCUUUUACCUUCAGAGAAGCUGUUCAAGAUGUUGAAUUUAAAGGCUAUCUUAUCCCUAAAGGAUGGAAAGUUUUACCACUCUUUAGAAACAUUCACCAUAGCCCAGAAAAUUUCACAGACCCUGAGAAAUUUGAUCCUUCGAGAUUUGAGGUUGCUCCAAAGCCCAAUACAUUUAUGCCAUUUGGCAAUGGGAUCCACUCAUGUCCAGGGAAUGAAUUAGCCAAGACUGAGAUUUUAGUCCUUGUACAUCAUCUGACAACAAAUUAUAGGUGGUCUAUGGUGGGCCCACAAAAUGAGAUUCAGUAUGCACCUUUUGCUCUUCCCCAGAAUGGUUUGCCCAUUAAACUCUCUCUCAGAAGAUAGAUUUUGGCAACUUGGAAAAACAGAAGCCAUUCUGAUAUAUAAAGGGGAACUUCCAAGAAAUUUUCCUCUGUUUUCUUGAUGAAGAAGUGAUCAUCAGCUCACAUAAAGAGGAAUGAAACAGUAAAAAAAAACCAUGCAAUAAGAAGAUUUUGGGUGUUAAACCUGCCCGAGAAA